UUUUAAAAUAAAAAAUGAGGCAAAGGAAAUAUUUGUUUUUUCAAAUCUACGCAUCGAUAGUGGUUUUGUCGUCAGCCCAAAAUAUAAGACAAAAACUUGGUAAAUUCGACGAAGUGUUUGCAUGGAAGCAACUCACUUACGACAUUGAUGGGAGUGUAUUCGAUCAAGAUGUUUACGAGGAACCAUAUAACCUCCGUAACACGCGAGACAGAGAAAAAAGACAGUCAGACAGUGUCUUCUUCAACAACGAAGACGAACCGGUGAGAAACUGGAACCAACAAUCUUCCAUCUUCAAUGAACCACAGACUAAUUCACCGCGGCCGCUACGACCGAGCUGGAAUAACAACAAUCAAUCUUCCAUCUUCAGUGAACCACAGAGUAACUCACCGCGGCCGCUACGACCGAACUGGAAUAACAACAAUCAAUCUUCCAUCUUCAAUGAACCACAGACUAACUCACCGCGGCCGUUACGACCGAGCUGGAAUAACAACAAUCGACCGAACCUUGAACCGCCGAGAGACGAGAGGAGACCCAGUGGUGUCACUACGACUGUCAGACCUAUAGAUGAAGCAGGCAGAUUCUUCGUGCAAUAUAAUAACAUACCGAUGGGUGUAGAGAAAGUUGGAGAUAGAUUGUUUAUAACUAUACCGCGUCGACGAUACGGUAUAAUUUCAACUCUAAAUUACAUAAACCUGGACCGCGACUCGCAUCAGCUGUCGCCAGCCUUGAAGCCGUACCCCAACUACAGCACUUCCAGGAGUCUAACCUCGGUGUACAGAACAAGAGCCGACAGCUGCGGCCGCCUCUGGAUGGUUGACACCGGAAUGAUCGAAAUACCAGAUAAUAGGCAGCAGGUUCAACCUCCGGCCAUCGUGGUUUUCGAUCUCAACAGGGACAGACAGAUACUCAGGUAUCCGUUCAAGAGUACAGACAUACCGUCAGCGAACACGCCUACUGGUUUGGCCUCCAUAACUGUGGACAUCACCAAUGAUGAUUGUGAGAACGCAUUCGCAUAUGUACCCGAUCUGACCACGUACGGACUCAUCGUGUACUCCCUGAAACAGAACGACAGCUGGAGACUCUCUCACAACUUCUUCUCAUUCAACCCCACGGCUGGGAACCUCAAUAUUGCUGGUUUAAGAUUCCAGUGGAGCGACGGUAUAUUCAGCCUGACCCUGGUGCCUGGCGCUGGCAACUGCAAGACGGCCUACUUCCACCCCCUCAUCGGUACCCAGGAGUUCUCCGUGUCCACGUGUGUCCUGCAGAACAGGACCGCCGUCUCUGAUCCUAAUUACUGGUCAUUUUUCUCCUUGCUGGGUGACCGUGGUGAGGGAAGUCAAGCUACGAUGCACGACUAUCACCCAGCUAGCAGAGUGCUGUUCAUAGCUGAGGUAGGCAGGGAUGCUGUGUCUUGUUGGAACACUGCUGAACCCCUGGUGUCUACUAAUAUAGCUAUAUUGGCACAAGACAGCCAGAGACUUAGUUAUCCAGCAGACCUCCAUGUUACUGGGAAUGACGUGUGGGUGAUAGCAAAUUCUCUGCCACGGUUCGGUUAUUCAAGACUUGAUACAAACAGUUACAACUUUUAUAUAUAUAGGUAA